UUCUUUCUCAUUAAUCAAAUAAAACCUUACCACUAAAACAUCAAAGUACCACUUUUUCUCUCUCUGUUCCAAACAUCAUAAACACCAACAAAAAAAAAUGGUGUGUUUUUGUUUCCUAGUAGAUCAAACAAAGCAAGUUUGCAAGAGCAAACCCGCCGCCGGAACAUGUUCACGUUGCGGCGGCGGUGCUAGUGUAGCUGACAUGAAGACAGCUACACGUUUUUGCUAUGUCCCCUUUUAUUGGAAAAAUUGGAGAGCUAUUGUUUGUACAUUUUGUGGUGCCAUUCUUCGCUCUUACCGAUAAAAAGAAAGUGUUACAAUUUCACAUUGGUUGAAGAAAUGAGACGUACUAAACUUCUAAUAUAAUUUUAUCAUAUAAGCUACAGUAUAUCUUUUGAGGCUGAGUUAGUGUUUCUUCGUUCAAGGUGGAUUUAGCAACUUUUGUGUUACUAUUAUUUUGUUUCAUUUUUGCCUAUUAUUAUUCUUUUCUCGUUCUGCAUUGAUGAAAUUUUAGAUGAUGAUUUAGGCUAUUUAGUAAUUUUGUUUUUUUUUUAAAAUAUGUACUAACAGCUGCUAUUGUAAAUAUAUUUGAGAAUUAAUAUUGGAUCUCUCUUUCUCUCC